GAUGUAUCGCAAUGGCUCGUAGACACGCAGUUGUUCAAGCUUUCAGUUUGACCCAGAAUCUGAUCCGGAUGGAGAAGUUGCAACUCAGCGGCUAGAGCAGGACAUCUCCGAAUGUAUGUAUAGGAGGGACAGGGCUCUGGAGGAGGACACAGAGUAGGCCGAGAGCAGGAGACCAGGGGAGAUAACAGAAGGAGAGACCAGGCUGGCGAUGAUGGUGGGAGGAGCCAGGGAGGAGCCAGGUCCAGAAGGAGGCAGGCGGGGACCCAGAGAGCAGAUAGAGGCCAAGGUGGAGCCACAGUGACGAGAGUCCGAGGUGGAGCCAGGGUGCCAGAGGACUGAUGCGGAGCCGGUGGGACUGAGGACCAAGGUGAAGCCGGAGGGGAUGAAGGAUGAAGCGUAGCUGAAGGCCCAUAGAUCCGUGGUGCAUGCAGGGUGAAGUCUGUCAAAAACAGAGCUUGGUGAGCACAGUGGAGCUGUAAGGAUGAUAGUCCCAGUUGAAGCCGAGGGAGAGAGGAGCCAAGGCGGAGCCGACAGGUCGACGGGCCAUGGUGGAGUGACAGGAUCGAUGGCUGGAGGUGGAGCCAGGGGAUCCACUUGGAUGGAGCUGGAGACUGGAAGACCUGAGGCAAAUCCACACAACUCAGUGGCAUUAGAGGGGAAGUCAAGGGACUGAAGAUGGCCAACAUUGUGACGUCCUUCUGCUGUGUGGUGCUUGCAGCCGUGGUGGUGGUUUAUGCCCAAAGGCGCAGCCAGCAAGGUGCCAGGAUUCAGUAUGAAAGGAUAGGAUGUGAUGUCACUAUGCAGUGUGGCUCGCUGGACAAUGACGCCUCUGUAACGUGGAAGGUGAAUGGCACGGACGUGAAGGCCCGUCGGCGAGAAGAAGGACCACGGCUCAUCUUGAUGGAGGUGAACAUGAGUAGUAACGGCUUAUACAGCUGCUUCCAGAACCCUGACGGCCAGCGGCGUGACCAGAUAAAUCUCCGCAUCGGACUUCCUCCGAAGGAACCGCAGGUGACGUGUCGAUCAAACACCUAUCCCAAAGGCUUCUACUGCAGUUGGCACCUUCAGCAUCCGACGUACAUCCCUACGGACUUCGAAGUCGAUGUCCAACACAACCAGAGGCCCUUGGAGGUGAUGAGGGAUGAAGUUCAUAAAAACAGGUGUCACGUGAAGUUUCCAGAACUUUUCUCUACCUAUCCUUACCGAGUCAACGUCACGGCAGUGAACUCGCUGGGUCGAGCUUCCACCACCAUCAGCUUUGAGGAGUCUUCAAUAGUGAAACCUGACCCUCCUGAGAAGGUGGUGGCCAAACCCAUAACCAACAAGCCACGAAGACUAGAAGUGACAUGGAACAGUCCUACUACGUGGCCCGAUGUGGAUAACUUCCCACUAAAGUACUUCCUACGCUACCGGCCGCUCAUCCGAGACCAGUGGCAGCACGUGGAGCUCUCUGACAGCACCUCCCACAUCAUUACCGAUGCUUACGCAGGAAAAGAGUACAUCAUCCAACUAGCGGCCAAGGACAUGGAGAUCGGCACUUGGAGCGACUGGAGCGUGGCGGUCCACGCCACCCCCUGGAUGGAGGAACCCAAACCCAUAACCUCCACCACUGAGAGCGACGUUAUCCCAGAAACCACCCCUGGUCCGCCUUCAGCCGCACCACGAGUGGGUAAACCCACAGCGGCCUGCUCCACCCUUCUCUGGUCAACCCACCUGCUCCUGGCCUGCGUCCUGCUGUCCAUCAUGUGAUGUGUAAGCUUCAUUCCUGUGGAAAAAAUGAGGAGUCUUCUAUUUCUAUUUUGCACAUGUUAAUAGAUAUCGUGCAUUGAUAAUUUAAUUCAAGUUCUUUUUCUCACGAAAGAAAAAAGACCUAGAAAGAUUAAUAAAUGCUGACAAUUACAAAAGGAAGACAAAAGAACAAUAAAGCAUUUCAACAUCUCUGGCAAUGACAGCUGAUGGAAAACCAGACACAGACACAGGAACUGAACCCCAGGGGAGCAAAAGAUUUGGGGACGAGACUCACCUGCCUGGCCGCACAACAAGAACACAAACAAACAAACAAAAUUCAUUCACCUCAUUUUUGUUUGUCACAAAAGAUUUUUCAAUCCACUUCAUUCUCUCAAACUGUUCCGAGGACAGCAAAGCUCAUUUUGUGUAACAUUGAUUUCCACGACAUACAGCUAACUCAUCAUGCCAAAGACUUGGACUGUUUUUCUUUUUUCCCAUGAUCCCUAGCUUCCCCAAACCUGUGUCUGUAAGGAAUUGGAACUGGCAGUACAAAAUCUUCACAAGCUUCAAAGACUGAGGAGUAACACAUUUAUUUUGAAGGCCAUAAUUUGAUAUAUGUUGUAUUCCUUUUGUUUUCCUCUUUUUCUUUCAUAAUUUUUUCUGGCCCAUGAAGACAGAGAAGUUGGAACUGUAAAUAACAAAUUGGUUUGGACUGUUCUGGACUACCUUUUGUAACAGGAAGAACAACAUGUCGUGUCAGACCAUCUGAAGAUUAAGCACCAUUUGGAAACAUAUUUUCAUUCUUCGACUAUUUGCCUUUCACCAUCUGUUUUUGCAGACUUUUCUAGUCAGUAUCACAGUUUAAUACUACCUUUUUCAAGGAAAAUUGUUUCACUUUGCUUUUGGUUAGUAUUGAAUAAAAUAUAAUUUUAGAACCUUAGCAUUUUUUUGUUUGUUUAUUUGUUCGUUGUUUGCGUUUUUGCUUUGUUUUUGUUUUUUCAAACCAUAAUUGCUUAAUUCUCCUUGAUCAUAUUUUGUAAACUAUGAUAUGUAUCUUUAACAUGAGAAAAAGUUUAUUAUUUAAUAAUGUAUGUAUUAGCUUUAGAUUCUUGUAACCUGUAUCUGGGUUCUUUUUAUAGAUGUAUAUAAAAUGAGAAGUUGUUCAUUAAAUGUGACCAUUUCACAAUGA